AUGCGCCUCUCCUUCCUCCUCGCCGUUGUUGCUGCUUUGACAACAUCUAUGUCUGUCAGUGGUGACAGUGCGCUGGCAGCCGAAUGGCAUGUCGCGGCAUUCACUGCCGAGUCGAUAAAUAUGGCUUCUGGACAGCUGCUUGAACAUCGCGGACCGUUGAAUAGAGGAACAUAUCAGGCACUUGAUACGAUACUGACUCAAAUGCGCGACAUAUGGGCGAAUGAAGUACUACAUGCGUUUCAGGCUUGGUGUAACUUGAAGCCUGAACACCAAAAAUCUCAUAUGUUGGACACAAUGCAUUUACUCAAAUCAGACACCUUCCUAUAUCGGUUUGAUCAUGGCUUGCCUCAUCUCGUUCGGUCGGAGUUGGUCGACAACAUGAUCAACAGCAAGUACUUGGCUUGGCUUGACAGACUUUCGUUCAAAUUUACUAGUCUAGUGCUAUUCAAGUUGUCUGUCAAGAAGGGCGAUAGGGAGAGUCUAUGGAAUUCUGAACUUUGGAGUUAUAUAUGUAAGCCUGGUGGCUUACGUACGCCUACACAUAUGGUUCAUUGCAUCGUAGACACCCCUCUUUCCCUUAAGGUUUCGUCUCAUGUUUACCUAGCGUCAACGUUACAGGCUCCACACCUGCAUCGCUGGCGCCAGGCGCCAGGGUGCCCAUAUUUUGGAGCCGAGCGAAGUCUUUCAAAUCUGCGUCAUUUCAUAGUGCUGGCGCCUCGUAAUCCGUUAUCAUAUAAAUUGAAUGUUGUCGAGUCCCAAAAUCCUCAGAGACAAUCGACUCAUUGCAAUACCAUGAAGAUCCAGUUCACCUACCUCGCUAUCCUUGCUGCCGCCACCGCCGGGGUGAAGGCUCUAGGACUGGCUGCUGGAUCUGCUGCAAUGACACCUGAGGGGUAG